UUGACGCCCGGUAAACCGCCCCAACAAGAACUACACAACCUGGCGGGAGGGAAAGUUUGAGAGAGCGGCGAUGGCGACGUCGUCGGAGUGCAGCGUCGCGCGACUCUUACGUUAAGUCACGUGACUCUAAAUUCUCCAAUGGCAAAACCCAUCAGAAAAUGGCUGUUGUAGACUGAGGCGCGGGUGAGAUUUUAUUUUAAUGCAAAUAUGCUGCAAGCAAAAUUCCUGGGGACCUGGUUGGGAAGGCGAUGCAGACCCACGUAUUCAUACGUACUCGGUUGCUUAUCGCAAGAACGAGCUGAGAGCUGGCACCGGUAUCUCGGCACAAGCUGCGCAAGGUGUUCCAAGGCUCAGCGGCUGAGGCACAAAAGAGACCUUUCGGAAAAGAAGCUGACCCGAUACUUUGUAGACCACCGAAGAGUGCAGGUGAUAGGAGGAAAAGGUGGCGACGGUAUUAGCUGUUUUCACAGCGAACCUAGAAAAGUAUUUGGAGGUCCUGCUGGUGGAAAUGGAGGGGAUGGAGGGCAUAUUAUCUUGAAAGUGGACCGGCAAAUGAAAUCCUUGGCUUCAGUUUUCGCAAUCUAUAGAGGUUUCAGUGGAGAAAAUGGUGGAAGCAAAAACUGCUAUGGUUCUGCUGGUCAGUGCACUUACAUUAAGGUUCCCAUCGGUACUGUGGUGAAGGAGGACAGCAAAGUUGUGGCUGAACUCGACCUGCAUGGCGAGGAAUAUGUUGCAGCCUACGGGGGCACUGGAGGGAAAGGCAAUCGUUUCUUUCUGGACAAUUUCAACCGAGCACCCACGACAGCUACCGAAGGAGAACCGGGUCAGAAAAGAGUUCUGCAUCUGGAACUCAAGACUAUGGCCCACGCAGGAAUGGUUGGAUUCCCUAAUGCUGGGAAGUCUUCACUGUUACGAGCCAUCUCCAAUGCCAAACCAGCAGUGGCGGCUUACCCGUUCACGACCUUGAAUCCUCACGUGGGCAUUGUCCAUUACGAAAACUACGAGCAAGUUGCAGUUGCUGAUAUCCCUGGCUUAAUAAAAGGAGCCCACAAAAACAGGGGCUUGGGCAUUGCCUUCCUGAGACACAUCGAACGCUGCCGCUUCCUUCUCUACGUGCUGGAUCUCUCCGUGUCUGAGCCGUGGACUCAGCUCCAAGACUUAAAAUACGAACUGGAGCAGUACGAGGAAGGCUUGUCAAAGAGGCCUUAUGCCAUCAUUGGGAAUAAGCUUGACCUCCCCCAGUCGAAGAACAAUUUACCUCUGCUUAGGGAACGAGUACGGCACAGAGUCAUCCCCCUCUCUGCUCUGACGGGGGAAAAUCUAGAGGAAUUGGUCUUGCAUCUGAAAGAACUGUACAAUGAGUAUGUAAAAACCGAAGAAGUGCGGAAGCAAAAACCGCUAAAAUGGUAGCUGGUGACUGCAUUUAGGUGGAAGAAACAGGAAGGAACGCGUAUGAUUUGCAGUCUUUUGUCGGUUGAGUUCUUAACUGUAAGGUUUUCUUUCCUCUCCAAGCCUAAGGAUACACAGAAAAAUAAGUUGUUUCUUCUAAGUCGGAGGCAAGAGAAAACAGAAUUCCUGAACCGUUCUUCCGUUGAUCUGGUUUGCAGUAUGCUUCACUGAACGUGGGGUUCCGGGCACAAGAAGGAAAUAGCCUCAUGUUACGGUUGUAACUGCAGAUAAAUCCUUGGGCCAACUCAGGAAACUGUGUCUCUGUUCAAACUGAGAGCCGGACUAGAUGUACAGGUUUUUAAAGAAUUAGGUUCACUGCAGUGGCGGGGAAUGGCUCUUAAAAAGUAAAGGAGAGCCCAUUUGAACUCAGAAUGAGGAGGAAGGGCACACCAAACAGCUUUGGGGGGGGGAGUUAUUUCCCCAUUUUUGCUGCUCCUUGUGAGUAUUCUAUGCAUGCAGAGCAGCAGGAAAAGAACCCUCCGUAUGCCACCCCACUAUUCCAGUGCGCAGGCUUAGCGUGGCAGGAAGGAAUCCUUUUUCUCCCCCUGCGGUGGCAUCCCAAGUCCAAACAGGCUCCCCCCUUUAAAAAAAAAAAAAAACAUUCGCCACAACUGCUAUGUGGUUGUGGGGAACCUUGGUUGGGUCCGGGGAGCACAGACCCAACUGUUUAAAAACCGGCACAUCUAAUUUGGCACUAAGGCUGCGGUCACACACACUCAAUAAUCCACUUUCAAUGCACUUUCCAAGUGGGUUUUG